AUGAUGCGUUGUUACCUAUACGAAGCGACACUGUUGGCAGUUCUGUUAGUGUUGGCAGGGACGGAGACAGAAAAGGCCUUCCAGCAGCGACCUGUGUGCUACCCUAGUAUUCCACGCGUCAUCACGAAAUAUAAACAGGUUUUUAGAUGCUUGGUCCCCGUCUACAGCACAGUAUACAGAGAGGGCGUUCCGUCAACCCUGUUCCAUACCCACUACCACACCCUGUACCACACGGUGUACCAAACCGAAUACGUACCAGAACACAUCACUGAAACCAUCUACAAGGACCAAGUGAGCUACGUUACCAGUACCCAGUUCACCGGUACUCAUACCACUCACACCGUGUACGUCACCACGACCAAGUACCAGCCCCGGUUCAUCACCAGGACCCAGUAUGUUCCCACUACGGAGUAUCAGCCUACUUACGUCACCGAAACGGAUUACCAAACUAAUUUUGAGACUCGGACGCUUACAACUACUUCUUUCCGAGUAACCUUUUCGACUGAGACCGAGUUUGAGACGAGGUAUGUUACCAGUACGGAAUACCGGCCCAGUUUUAUUACUCAGACCUUGUACCGGACUAGUACCUCUUAUCAAACGCAGUAUAGUACCAGGUACGUCACUAAUACUCAGUACCAAACGGUAUAUGAUACAAUCACGAGGUUCCAGUCUACGUACCUGACAACCACACUGAUUAGUGUAACUACGCAAUAUCAGCCCAGUUAUAUUACCAGGACAGAGUACCAGACAGAGUACCAGACAACCACCCAGUUCAGACCAUCCUUCAUAACCAAGACGGAGUACAGUACCAUUUACAGAACCACAACUCAAAGUCAUACCACGCAGUUAACCCAAACCGAGACGCAGUUCAACACCCGCACGGAAUACCAGACCAAGUACCAUACCAAUUCCAUCACUACGACCGAGUACCACACCCGCUACCAGACGGACACCAUCACAUCCACACAAUACGAGACGAGACGCUCAACCUAUACUUUGCACCACACUCACCACGAUACCGUGACUGUCGAGGUACCAACUUACAUGACAGACACUAUAAUCACCACACAGACCCGCUAUAUACACUCAUACACAACCGCCACGCAGGACUACACACAAUACCUCACCAUAACCAAGUUUGCACUGCCGGAAUAUGCCACAGUCACCAUGACAGAAUACGUCACUAAGACUAAGUAUGGACAGAAACACAAGACCGUGAACAGUACGAUUUACGUGACAGUGACAGUGACUAAGGAACACCAUAAGUACCAUGAUCACCAUUUACGUCCUUCCCCAUACGGUUAUUGA